UGUGAUGUGAGGAUAAUGUUUGUAGUCUUCUUAUCUUCCUAUGCACAUCUCAAGUGAAUUUUCUGUUGAGCAUGAGAGUGGUGGGAUGGUUGCGUGGGUGAAGAGCCACCUAACUCUGCUGUUGAGGAUGUUAACUUGUGUAUACUGUACCUGAGAUUCACAAGUAACAUGAUAUUGAAUGAUCUUCUGCCUCCUUCACCCACUGUUAACAUCUUCUCUACACACAAAGGCUCCAAAAAGUGAAUCUUAAACAUCGUCACGUAAAAGUUUUCUAAUCCGAAGCCAACAAGGCUGUUCUGCGUAUGAUAGUCUAUAUAACAAUUUUUUCCCGUAAAAUAUUACCUAUUGUAAUAUAAUUAGCAUUAUACCUUUUUUUAAGAUUCACCUUACUACAGAAGACAACCUGGAUGACCCAGAGGUGAAGCCAAACUUUCGUGAGAGUGAGACAGUGGUAGGUCCUCAGGAUGGAUCAGCUGCUCAAGUUCCUCACUGUCAUUCUCGCAGAAAUUUUAGGGUUGUCACCAGCGGUUGAGUGUCGGGUGAGCCUUCCUGUCCUGUACUACAAACACAACCAUCUGGAGGUUAUGAGAUGUUGGAAUGAACCGCACACUCAGGAGAUCAUUAUGACUGCAGUAAAUAUAGUUAAAACGACGCCACUCAAUGAUCUCUACGUCACCUUCCAGGACGACUCGGGUAGUUGCCUCCUGAGAGCACUAUGGGAAAGUGGUGUGAGGACUAAGAUAGUGUCGUCGAAACACUGGUGGCAAAAUCUGCAGCAGUUAUCCUACGGCAGCACCUCCCAGCACCUGGUUAUUGGUCAACACAUCUGGAUAUUACAGGCAAUAUUACAGGCAAGGCAGCUGUUUGAGGCGAAGGAACUCAAUACGGAGAAAACUCGCUGGAUAUGGUUUGUGACCCCAAACGACCCAUCUGACCCUGUCUUUGAUUCAGGCAUCUUUACUUCCAAUGUCAGUUCAGUUUCUGUCUUGUCUUACAAUUCCUCCUCCACCUCUGGUUCAUCAUUGCCACCGAACACCUUCAUGGCAACAGCGAGAGAGAUAUCGCAUUUAGUGGAUGGAAUGAUGGUGGGUGUGUUACUCUACGGCGACCAACGAGACUCCUCACUAUCUCCAGUCUCUUCAUCGUCGGAUUUAAAAAGAUGGGUGAGCAUUGGAGGUGUUGUGUUCAAGGAAGAUGGUUCCUGGCAGCUACAGCUGGCGGCGACGGGCAUCAACGGUGCUCUCAGGCUCCUCAAGCCUCUCUGGCCCCAGCCAAUAUAUAAUUUUAAGGGCCACAAUGUCAACAUUGCAUGUUUGGAGAAAGCUGGAAUUUUUGAAUUAAACAAUGGAAAAGAUCUUGAAGGAGCCUCUGGGUUCAUAGCAGAAUUGUUGAAGGUUGUGACGAAGCAUUUGAACCUGACGGUCACUCUGGUGCCCACCCAGGGGGCCGGAACUGUUAAUUCUGAUGGCUCCUGGAACGGCGUUGUUGGAGUCAUAGCUCGAGGCGAGGCGGACAUCGGGGCGAUGGACUUUAUGCCAAGCUUGAAGAGAGGUGAAGUUAUUGACUUCUCUGUGAGCAUCGGUCAGGACCCCGUCAUCAUUCUGUCGAGUGCGCCGCUCAUCCUCACCAAACCAUUCCUCCUCCUCCAGAUAUUCUCCACUCAGGUGUGGGUGGUGAUCGUGAUGACGGUGAUACUAGGAGGCAUGUUUAUUAGCUGCUUAGCAUUUGCUGAAUCAGGGAUCGACUUGGUGUAUAGUGACGAUGCCCUGAUGCACACAGCUUCUGCCUUCAAGAUGUUUGUCUUUCAGAGCAUCACUCGGCUGCCACUUGGGUCAGGUGGACGGGUCACGGCAGCCUUCCUCCUGCUGGCGGCGCUGUGUCUGGGGUCUGUAUACACGGGCUCCAUCACCGCCUUCCUUGUUAUUCCCUUCAAGUCAACACCAAUCAACUCCAUGGAAGAUCUUUUGUCCUCAGAUGUUAUCCCCACCGUGAGGAGCAAGACCAACACCAUAACUUAUAUUGUAAACCAGGAAGGAGGAGCCUUAUAUGAUGUUCGUGAGAGUGUGUUGGUGCUUAGCGGUAAAGAACUUGGUACCCGAGACUUCCACAACAAGAUGGCUCAAGGCUCCCAUGCUGUUAUUGAUGCGUUUAGUGGAGCUAUGGGUCGAGCCAAUAAAUAUUCUCGAAGGGGAGAAAAGUGCAAGUAUCACAUCAGCCGUGAUACUGUGCAGGUCAACUUGGAUGCUCUAGGAAUGAGGAGGAACAGUCAGUACCUCAUCCAAGUCGAUUAUAUAUUGAGGCGACUACAAUACUUUGGUAUUCUUCAGUUAAUGAAACAGAAGCACUCGCGAGUCUUGUGUGAAGCAGAGUUUAAACAGAGUGGACCAAAACCUAUGGCGAUAAUACAGGCACAAGGUCCAUUCUUCGUGCUCAGCGUGGGUCUGCUGUUGGCUGCUGUCCUCCUUAUUGGUGAGGUGCUGUACGCUCAGUCCUCCUUCUUCCCUGGCUCCUCUCCACAAAUUACUGGCCACCAGAGGAAUUGUUUUUAGUGAAAAUAGAUUUCUCUAAUCAUGUAAAAUGCAAUGGCAUUAACUGUAGCUCCUUAUAUGACUCACAUAAGUAAAUUCACCACUAUAUAUAUAUAUAUAUUGUCUUAAAGUACAGUACUACAGUAUAUUAAACUAAAAAUUACCUUACUUAAAUGUUGUAAAAAGUAUAAAAAAGUACACAGAUAUUUGCAAGAAUCACAUCAAACACAAUUCACAUAAUAUAAAAGUAACUUAACUAACCAAAUAAUAAUAAAGGAACCAGCUUGAGAACUGAAACAUUACUGCAGUUUGCUUUUGUAAGAGGAAUAAUACGUGGUGUGUGUUUCUGAAGAGUGGAGAGGUUUACUCAGUGUCUGCCGUUUGAGGCUGUGCGCGAUUGACAGUGUAGCUCCUCCCAACAUCUGGCAGCCUGUUACUUACCGACACUUGUCACAAUGCAGUUCAUUUCCAAAACUAUGCUCAUUAUAGUGCACUUUAAGUUAUGUUACUCCUAUAAGGUAUUGCUGCUUGUCAACAAUAAAGUUUCCUAAGCAUG